AUGGCUCUCAGAGCAUUUGAGCUGGACAAAACCAUUGCAGAAGAACAGUCUGAUGAGUUCAACAUAUACAAAGACCUGGUUGAAGGCAUCAUCAGUGAGAUGUCAGGCAAUGUGAGAGGCUCAAGUGACCAGAACAACAAUGGCUCAGUGAGCAAGGAGACUUGUAUGAGGCUUGAAAUUGCAAGACUUCAGCAUGAGGUUGAGUGUAUGAAGAUCAGUAGAGGUGAGACUCUUGCAAGUGAUGAGAUGAGAUUCUUGAAGAAUUCAGAAGCCAAAGAGGAAAUCCUUUUGACUGCAGAACAGUCUGAAACUGAUGAUAUUCUUGAAGAUAAUGACCUUGAUGAGAAUGUCAUCAUGAACAUGCAACAUUUCUGA